AAAGUCUUCCACUCCUUCUCGCUGGCUCAUGUGGCUGACUUGGCUCCAGAUAUAAACACACGCUCCUCUGCCUCCUCUCACUCACAACCGGCCGACGCACAAACAGACAGAACAGACGCACGGCUGGCGCAUUCCCCAGGAUGGAGAAGGACUCUCCAUCCAAACCAUCUGUUGCUGAACUGGCUGGAAGGUUCAAAGGUCACAUUCUACCCAUGCCCACACCCAAUAAUGAGUUUCGAAGAAGACCUCCAUGUUCUCUGAAGCUGCAAAACCAAAAAGACGAUAAUGAAGAGUCUGAAAAAGCUAUCGUUCCUCCACACCCUCUUAAAGUCAAGGUGAAGAACUCUCCGAUCAUCGAGAAGCUGCAGGCCAAUCUUGCUCUGUCGCCCACUGCUCUGCUGCCUUCGCCUAAGAGUCCGGAGGUGAAGCUCCAGCCGGCGGCACCGCUGUCCCCCACGACGCCCUGCAGCCCCUGCAGCCCCCUGAGCCCCCUGAGCCCCCUGAGCCCCCGGAGCCCCGUCCUGAAGCCCUCGCAUCCGUCCAGUGAAGACGAAGACCCCGUGAGCUUCGACAGCCCCCCUGAAGGCACCACGCUGCCCAGCAUCAACAAGACUCGUGCACGUCUGUCAUUCAAGAGACGUCCACCCACGAGACAGCACAGGAGGUCAGCUGGCGAAGAGGGCGGAGCCUUAGGGAGUGCCCUGUCCCCAUGUGAACUGGACAGCCCCAAAGAAAACGGGGACGGGGACGGGGACCAGGUUUUUGACGACCCGGCGGAGGAAGCUGAAUGUAGGCCGAAAGAAGACAAAGACAGAGACUGUGACAAGACAGAGGAUGGAGAGACAAAAGAUCCACAAGAGGAGGAGAAGGAGGAGGAGGAGGAGGAGGAGGAAGGAGGCCAGAACUUGGAGACUUUGAAGGAGGAACGUGAGCCUUCAGAGUCCGGUCCUGCUGAGGAGAACGAUGGCAGCUCGAUGAAAGCAGAAGACGACAAGGAGGAGAUGCCUCAGGAGGAGCAGCAAGAAGGAGGCGAAAGGGUGUGAACUGUGAAUUAUUAAAUUAUUCAACGCUUCGAUUGGGAGAACUGAUCUGAAAGAACCUGUAAUCCAUUUUAACCUGUUGGUACCUGCUUUAAGUCCCUCUGUCGUCCUCUCCUGGCCGUUUAUAGAACAGGUCUACAAUCACUGGAGAGAAGCAGCUCCGUAAUAACAGCUGAUUUCUGCACACGGAGCUGCAUCCAUGUUCGAUUCUUCAUGUGUUUUUUUUUUUUUUUUUUAUCAAGAAUGAAUACUUUUCCUUGGGUUUGAGACAAAUCAGAGACAUUAUAAAGAGUACACUUGGUCUGAAAUAUCAAUAGUCUGAUGUACACAGUACUAAAUGCUGCGGUGACAGGAUUAGAUUUCAUAUAUAUAUAUAUAUAUAUAUAUAUAUAUAUGUUAGCUGUUAUAGAAAAUCUUCAAUUCCAGUCUCACUUUUGGCUGAAACUGCUUCAUGUACUUUGCUUUUCUAGUUUUCCGUCGCUGUAUUUUGUUUCUGCUUGUCUUUUAUUUUGUGUACUCUAUAAAAUAUCUAAAUCACAGUGCAACUGUGGAGUGGCUCAGGUCCUCAACAAUUAUGCAAAAAUUCAUAAAUUAAAAAGCUUUUGGUGUAAAA